AUGCCCGCUCGGCGCGGCCCGCCGGCCCGCCGGCCCCGACGGGGCUCGAGCCGCGGCGGCCGGGUGGAGGCGGCCUGGAAGGAGUUCGUCGCCUCCUUCGCCCGCGCCAGUAUGGUGCCGCCGGCCGACGGGGGUCUGGCGGCCGUGGAGGCGGCGGAGGGCGCCGCUGUCCUCCUCCUGGCUCCGCAGCAGACGCUGACCUUCACCGGGAAGUGUCGCUUGCGCUGCCUCUAUGGUGCUGUCCGUCUCCUGGGCUUCGCCGUAGCCUCACACCAGCCGGCGCUGCCGGUCUUCUCGCCCGCCACGCACUGCGCCCUGACGCUGGAAACGCUACCGCCCGCCCGCCCGCCCGGCGCCGACCUCCGCCAGCUCCGUGCCGCCGCCCGCGCCGCCAUGCGCGCGCACGGCGUCCGUCGCCACGCGCGCGUGAAGGCCAUGGCGCGCUUCGCGCCGGACUGCGCCCUGGUGCUGCUGGAGCACCUGGACACGCCGGUGACUCGGUACCUGCUCAGCCACCCGCCGCUCUCGCGCCUCUUCGAGCCCCCGGUGAGCCCCGCGCCCGGCCCGGUGCCUGCCCUGCCUUUCUCGCAGCAGAGGAAGGAGGAGUCCAACUUCACGCCAGAGGACGCGGUGCUCGCCUCUGUUGGCAUCGUGAAAUGCAGCGCUGAACACGGGCUGCUGGUGUCAGAGAGCAUGGUCCUAGCUCUGGAGGAGCUGAUCCAAGCCUGCUGUGCUGAAGAUGAAGGUGUCCCACUCAUUCUGGUGUGUGGCCCAAAAAAUACCGGCAAGUCGACAUUCAACAGAUACCUGAUCAAUCUGCUGCUGAACCGCCUCCCCUCUGUGGAGUACCUGGAGUGUGACAUAGGGCAGACGGAGUUCACACCGCCAGGCUGCGUGUCCCUGAGCCACGUCACGGAGCCCCUCCUGGGGCCCCCAUUCACUCACCAGCAGGCCCCACGCAGGAUGGUCUACUAUGGCCUGACCAGCUGUGAGCAGGACACGGAGAGGUACCUGGACGUGGUGAAGUCUGUGUUCAACUCCUACAAGAAGGAGGUGCCCCUGGUGGUCAAUACCAUGGGCUGGGUGAAAGGUGAGGGCUUGCUGCUUCUGAUCGACCUCAUCCGGCUGCUGUGCCCCAGCCACAUCGUGCAGAUGGAUGUGUACGACUGGAAGGCUAUGGUCCCCCUCAGCCCUGACUACGUUCACCUCACUGCUGGCCUCUACACCAAGGGCAAGCAGCAGGCCAAGUGCAGGCAGAUGAGAGCAAGCGGAGCAGAGCCAUGGAGCCCCUCGGAGGGGGCUGGGGACGCUCCUGAGUACAAGCUGCUCUACAUCCACCCUGAGUUCCCCCGAGCAGGAGCUGCAGGCGAGGCGCGAGUGCACAGCAGCAUCCUGCGGGACGCAGCCAUCCUGGGCUACCUGGGCCAGCUGCAGUGCCCGGAUGUGGGCGCCUUGCUGCCACUGCACAGCCUCCUGCCAUACCAGGUGCCUUUCCGUGCCGUGGCGCUCAGGGUCAUCCACACAGACGUGGCCCCCAACAACACCCUCUAUGCCCUGAAUGCCAGCUGGGUUGGGCUGUGCCACAUGCCUGAUGAGGUACAGGGCCAGGGCGAGGCUCCGGUGUUGCUGACACAGACUCCGGUCUGCGACUGCCUCGGCUUCGGAAUUGUCCGCGGGGUCGACAUGGAGAAGAAGCUUUACCAUGUUCUGACCCCAGUGCCUGUGGAGAAGCUGAGACUGGUGAACUGCCUGCUGCUUGGCAGCGUUGCCAUCCCCAACUGCGUGCUCGUGGGGCAGCAAGGAGUUCAGGGUGAGAUCCCCUAUGUCACCUCUGAUUACAACUACAGCAUCAUGGGCUCUGGGAAGCUCAGGAAGAAGCAUUUCAAGAGGAGGGAGUUUGACUGCGACUAUACCUGAAGCCUGGGCACCACAGGCUCACGGGAGCCCUGGCUGCUGCAGAGCUCACCAGGGUGUGGAUACUUCGCACCCACUUUUGACAAUGUUUUAUAUUUUCAGUUUGUAUUUUAGUGUUUUGUAAUAAAGAUCUGUUCAA